AAAAACAAACAAAAUGGCGCCGGUUAAAGUUCAGGUUGAAUACUGUGGAAGCUGAGGUCACUUCCCUCGGUUUAGGCGUCUGAUGGAGGACAUCCUCUCAGAGUUGCCAGAAACCGAGGUGGUAGGAGAUGUCGGGAGAAACCAGUCAUUUGAGGUCUCAAUUAAUGGACAGCUGGUGUUCUCAAAACUAAAGACAUAUGGGUUCCCCAAAGCACAAGAUAUUAUUAAGGAAAUACAGAGGGCUUUACAAGGGGAGAAAUGCCAGGAAAUCACGGAUUCCGAGUCCCCCUGGUGUGUCCUACUCUAAUCCUGUGUGCCUACUACACAAAUGCCUAGCCUGCAAUUUACAGAAACACAUACACAUUGAAACAUAUAACCAGGAGUAUGGUUGGAAAAUAACAACAAAAUUACCCGUGCGCAAGUGUGUGUACUUAAAUAUAAGUGACAUAACGUGAAAAUACCUUUUCUAAGUUUUAAAUGAUUACUGAAUAAACUAGUGACGCAAGAGGAUGUUUUAACAAAUGUAUGGAAUGAUGUGUACAGAAAAACAAUCUUAUAAGAUACUUAUUCGAAUUACAAUUCAACUCAAGAGAAAUAUACAUCAGCAUGGGGACCUGUGUUUCCCACAUCCUUUCUGUGUAACUGUUGUCGUAUCAUUCAAGCCCUCACCUCAAAGGUCAAGAUUACAAUUAUAAGCCAUCUGGUUAUCAUCGGACAAGACACAAUCGGAGUCAUUUGACAAUUUCCUGUGACUGCCUUUUUUAAUAAUAUUUUCCGUAAAAUAAAAUUCAUUUUGGUCUCUACAUUAAUUGUGUUAAGUAACUGUUGUGUCCUUUAGAUGAUGUGUUUCUCUUUGUUACAGGCCUCGUUAAUGUGAUAGGAAUAUUCAAAUCCAGAUUUUCAGUUUAAUACUAUACAAGUGAAUGAGGAAACUUAGCUAAAAAAUUGAAGCUAUUUUUCUGAUAAAUAUUUUUGAUAAAUAUUGUUGAUGUUAGUAUUUAAGUGAUAGUCAGGGAUUUAAAUAUUUCCUCUAUUUUAAAAGUAUGUAUAUUAUACAGAAGAUAUAUACGUUCAUGUUGCAAUUACAUUGUGUUGUUUAUAUACAUUCAAAUACAUGUAUAUAUUUUGUUUUCAAUAAUUAUUCAUUGGUUUCGUACCUCAUUGUUGUAAAUUUCUUUUCUUUAUAGACCACUUUUUCUUGUUUGAAUCAAAAUGAUUAUAUAAUUUUUGAUAUUUGUAUUUAUGAUGAAUUUAAAUAUGAUGUAUAACUACCAAAGUUGCAUUUAAUAAAUGUAUUAUGUAAGAAAAUCAAAUGUAAAGAGAAAAUAUUUCUGAUUUAAAAGUGCUUUAAUUUUAAAUUGCUUUUGCCUAUCAUUCUCAAACAUUUCUGUGCAAUUUACCUUUUGUCUACCUUUUGUCGUCUAGGGAACUUCUUUAGCCCUAAAAGGCUAGUAAAUCCAUUUAAACUGCUUCGUCUGUAAGUUCUCCGCCUUCGGUAUGACUUAAUAUACUUCAGAAGUAUCAAACCGUUUGUUUUUCCAAAGUUUAUCAAGACCUGCCUUGAAGGCAUUCACAGAUGUGGUGUUCACUAAUUCAUGUGGCAAAUUAUUCCAAGUUGAAACUAUACGAUUGCUGAAAGAAUUUUGACGUAAUGAUUUCCUUGCUUUAGGUUUAAAUAAUUUCAAAUUGUGUCCUCUGGUACCACUAUUGUCAGCAAAGGUGAAAAAUGUUGUCAUACUAAUGUCAUCAAUAUUGUGUACUAUUCUAAACACUUGAAUCAUGUCGAAUCUUUUCCUUCUAAAGUCUAAAGAUGGGAGGUUUAAUUUUCGUAAUUUAACGGGGUAAAUGUUUAAACUUUUGACUUAAGGUAGUUUUUCAUAUAAAUAUCAACAUAUUUCAAAGAUAGAUUUAAAAUAAAAAAUAAAAUAACUGUUUUGAUAAAUUACUGUAAUUGCCAAAUAUUGAAUCGAGUAUAAGUGUACUUUCCGAGUAAAAGUGUACUUGCCGAGUAAAAGUGUACUUGCCGAGUAUAAGUGUACUUGCCGAGUAUAAGUGUACUUGCUGUUAAACGGUCUCUCACAAAGGGUUUCUAUUUCGAAAUUCGACCAUGCAUGUAUUAAGUUGUUUUUAGAUAAUAAGUAAUGAUUUUCAAACCAACAUUAUUUUUUAGUGGUCUAUAUUAUAUUAUGUAAACUACAUGUUCCCUUAAAUGGGGUCAGUCACUAUUUAUAUUUACCGCAUCACCUGAUUAAUAUCUAUAACUGCUGACACCUGAUUUUUUAAAAUAAAUGUUCAGGUAAACAUAAGAAAUGAUGCCUUCUAAUUGGACAAACUAUAACGUUGAUCACUUAUCAUGAACAAACACUUGCACUUUUUUUCUGGAAUUUAGCAAUGAAGGCCUAAAAUUAAGUUUGCCUUCCCCGCAUUGUCCAAAACUAUGGAUUACAAAUAAACUUAUAAUAAUGUAUUCAAAAUAGUUUGAAAAAUAUUUCAAAUAAUUAACGAUUUCUAGCUGAAGAGACAAGAUACUAACAGUGACACUCUUUUUCAAAAUCAAUACAUACACCUGUAUAACAAACAUAAUUUUGAGUGACGAACCUUUAACUUCUUUCUUAAUAAUGCAUUUAUGAUAAUUAUUUAUUACGGAUGACCAGAUUGUAACUGUAUAUUAAAUAGCUUGAUACCCAAAAAUAUUAAAUGAUUAUUGAGUGCUAAAAGAUAUAUAGUGUGAUCUACUUCCAUCUCAUAAGGUAGAAAUUCCGUGUUUUCUGCACCAUUAUUUUAAAUUAAGCUCGGCAUCGUUUAUAACAACCAUUGUUUUCGACAUUUAUUCAUCGUUUUUGUUAUAUUAAAACAAUUUUAUUAAUCGUGGUAAAUGCCAUUUGAAAGUAAGAGUGCACCUUAAAAAAUAGCAAAAAAUAUGUGUUUUUGUCAACUUGACUCAUCAUCAAAGAUGACAUAAUUUUUUAUGUCGUUUAAUGGUUAUUGCUAUAGUUUAUCCUUGCGAAAUUCGAUAUAUUAACACAUUUCAUAUCAUGAUGCCUUAUGUGUAUUGAAAAUAAACUGUAAGCAUUUUAGCUUGACUAUUCGAAGAAUAAGGAGAGCUAUCCUAGUCACCCGGGCGUCGGCGUAACCACUCUUGUUAAAGUUUGCGUACCACCUCAAAUAUUUGCAAAGUCCAUUGACAUACGGCUUUGAAACUUUGCACACUUGUUCACCAUCAUGCCCCAAACCUGUACACUUGAGGAGGUAACUCUAUUAAGCAUUUUGACAAAAUUAUGCCCCUUUUUCUACUUAGAAUUUACGUUAAAGUUUGCGUACCACCUCAAAUAUUUUCAAAGUCAAUUGACAUCUGGCUUUGAAAUUUUGCACGCUUGUUCACCACCAUGCUCCCAACCUGUACACUGGAAGAGGUAACUCUAUCAAGCAUUUUGAAAAUAUUAUGCCGCUUUUUCGACUUAAAAUUUACGUUAAAGUUUGCGUACCACCUCAAUUAUUUUCAAAGUCCAUAGACAUCUGGCUUUGAAACUUCACACGCCUUUUCACCAUCAUGCCCCCAACAUGUAUACAGGAGGAGGUCACUGUAUUAAGCCAUUUGACAGAAUUAUGGCCCUUUUUCGACUUAGAAUUUAGGUUAAAGUUUGCGUACCACCUCAGAUAAUUUCAAAGACCAUCGACAUAUGGUUUUUGAAACUUUGCACACUUGUUCACCAUCAUGAUCUUAACCUGUGUACAGGAGGAGGUCACUGUAUCAAGCUUAUUUACAAUAUUAUGCCCCUUUUUAGCUCGACUAUUCGAAGAAUAGGUGGGCUAUACUACUCGCCCCUGCGUCGGCGUCCGGUUAAAGUUUUAGAGCAAGUUGGGAUUUUCACUUAUAAGUCCAACACCAUACAUUCAAAUGACUUAAUACUUCACGCAGUUGUUCAGGGCCAUCACAUGAUGAGGUUAGAUGAAUCAAUAUUAUCCUAAAUACAAGUUAUGGCCCCUGAUUGACUUAGGUUAAAGUUUUAGGACAGGUUAAAGUUUUAGGGCAAGUUGGGAUUUUCACUUAAAACUCAAAUACCAUUCAUUCAAUUGACUUAAUACUUAACACAGAUGUUCAGAGCCAUCACAUAAUGAGGUUAGAUAACUCCAUAUUAUAAUUUAUACAAAUUAUGGCCCCUGAUUGAUUAUGUAACUUAGGUUAAAGUUUUAGGGCAGGUUGGGAUAUUGUUUAAUAACUUCUAUACCCUUCAUUCAAUUGACUUAAUACUUCACAUAAUUGUUCAGGACCAUCACCCAAUAAGGUUACAUAACUCUAUAUCCUUAAUACAAGUGAUGGCCCCUGAUUGACUUAGGUUAAAGUUUAAAGUUUUUUUUUAAAUUUCCUUUGAAAGGCAUAUCUGUAUUUUCUUAACCACAUUUUCAUAAUGGGAAAACAAGUUAGUUGAAU